AUGCGUAAGUUUAUUUCAGCAUUUGGAUUUAGUAACACAAUUGGAUUCAUUGGUUUAGGCAAUAUGGGAGUAUCAUUAUAUCAUAUGAUUAUUAUAGAUUGGAAUGGCUCAUAAUCUAGCUAAAACUAGAGUUGUAUAUGCAUAUGAUGCAAGUCCUGCAUGGUAAUCUAAAAUUGAAUCUACUAAUAUUAAACCUGUAUCUUAAAUAGCAGAUGUUGCUGCAAAUGCAGAUACUAUUAUUACUAUGUUACCAAAUGAUAAGAUAGUCAAAAGUGUAGCUUAAGAAAUCUUCAAAAAAUAAAACAAAACAUUGAUUGAUUCAUCUACUAUCUCACCUUAUGCUUCUUAUGAUUUGGCUAAAAUGGCAUAAGAUACUAAAAACAUAUAUACAGAUGCUCCAGUCUCAGGUGGUGUUGGUGGUGCUAAAUUAGGAACAUUAACAUUUAUGGUUGGAGCAGAAAAAGAAUUAUAUGAUAAAAUAUCUCCAAUUCUCAAAGAAAUGGGAAAAAAUAUUUUCCAUUGUGGAAAGAUUGGAGGAGGAUAAAUUGCUAAAAUGUGUAAUAAUAUGGCAUUAGCAAUUUAAAUGAUAAGUGUUGCUGAAGCUUUGGCUUUGGGUAAGAAUAUGGGAAUGGAUCCAGCUAUGUUAAGUUCAAUUAUGUCUGUCAGUUCUUCAAGAUGUUGGUCUGUAGAUACUUAUAAUCCAGCACCAGGUGUUAUGCCUAAUGUACCUAGUUCCAAAGAUUAUGAUGGUGGCUUUAUGGUUGAAUUAAUGCUCAAAGAUCUAGGAAUUGCUAUUGAAGCAUCUAAGAAAAGUGGAACUGAUACAUAAUUAGGAUAACAUGCUUAAUAGAUUUAUAAUAAAUUGAAUGAACACUUUGGAAAGAAAGAUUUUGCAAUUGUAUAUAAAGAAUUAACAAAAAGUAAAUGAUUU